AUGAGCAAUGUAUGUGGGGAAACGCAAGACUUUACUGCGAUACGGUGUUCCGCUAACCUUGAUGUCCCCACACAACUGUUACUAGAGUCUAUUAAAGAAAUGAAUGUCGAGGGUAUGCGGAGGGCUCUUGAUGACGGGGCGGACGUGGAUGUUGUUAACAAAGAAGAUAAUGACAAAACAGUUUUACAUAUGGUUGCUGCUCAUAGUUCUGAUGAGUGCCUUAUGGUGCUUCUCAAAGGUUCAAAAAAACCUAUAUUUUGCACAGAUGCUACUGGACAAACACCACAGCAUAUAUGUGCAAAGUUUAAUAGUACUCUCACUUCACUUGUACUUCUUAUUGCAUCAUAUGGAAUGACAGAAAUACAGGAUCACAAUGGAGAUACUUUUCUUCAUUGCUUAAUGCGAAACAUGAAUAUUCCUGAAGGAGAACAACUUGAGUUUGUAAAGUGGGUAACUGCUCAAGAGGCAUCUAUACACUUGUUAAACACAACAAAUCUCAAUAAUGAGACGGUAUUAGAUGUGGUAUUAAAAUCAGGAAGAUAUAGUGGAUCUUUUCUAGAAGUCCUAUUGAGAAGUGGUGCUCGUGAAGCGAGAGAUAUUUUUGCCAUUUUGGAUAGUAACUUAAUAUCCUUAGAAGAUGGUGAACGUGGCAAAAUAAUUGAAAAGGAAGGUAAACGUUGGCGCCGAUUAUAUCGUACCUUUCUUAAAUAUCAUAGUUUAUUGAGGCGUUACUUAUCGAAACGAACGCGUUAUGUGAAUAAAGAGGAGGAUGGACGUCGUCAAAUUUGGUUACAUGAACAUAGUGAAAGGGGAUCUAUAGUUUCACAAGCAGUGGAAGAAAUUGUCAAAAUAAAAAGUAUAGAAAAAGAACGACUAAUAAUGAUAAAGCGAAAAGCAGAAGAAGAAGAAGAAGAGGAAAAGAAAAAAAAACAGGUACAGUCAUCUGUAGUACUCAUACCUCUCAGAGCUUAUGAAGAGAAGGCCCCUGUUCAAACAUCUGUCGUCUCUGUUAAUGUUGUUUCUGAUGGCGCUAUUCUACAGGACAAUUUAGUUGAAGUAGUAGAGUAUGUGAGUAAUGAUAAUAAUGGUCUAGAAAAUACAUCACAAAAGAAUAAGGAACUUUCUGCUGCUGCAAAAAUACUGUUCUACUAUCGUCAGUAUAGAAAACGAAAGAUGAGAAAAUUGCUCUUACAUGAGUGGUUGCAAGAUACGGUAACAAAUGUACCUGAGGCUGUGCUAUGCAUUCAAUCACAUGGACGUGGUUACUUUGUACGAAAAGAAUGUAUGAAGUUGAUUGAUAGUAUUUUGAUGAUUCAGAGAAAAUGGAGACAGUUUGUACCUGAAAGACGCCGUAAAGCAAUUGAUAUUAUUCACUAUGAAAUUGAACGUUGCUGCUUUCAACGGCGGGUUAAGUUGUUUAUUAUCGAAAAACUGCAGAAUCGUGUAAAGGAAAGAAUUCGUGGGGUGAUGCGUGCAGUAACACAAUUGUUAUGGAGAGAAAAUUUUUGUGCAGUUUUUUGCGAAAUUGUUUUUCGUAAAAAACGUGAGCGUCCACCUAAUACUAGAUUCGAAAGUCAACUUGAACGUUUACAGAAACUGCAAGUACGUAUGCUAAAAUGGUUUUUACUUAUACAAUUUCUUUUGGCUUCAUUUAUGCUUGUCUUUCUUGGUGCGAUACCGGAAUCAUCCAAUGUUCAUAUUACCAUGUCUGUUGAUAUUUUAGUAAGCCUAAUACUCUUUUUAAUGCAAUUGGCUAUGCCUUUACAGUUAUGGCGACUCUUUGAUUGUUUUAUUAUUUUCACCGGUUUUAUUUGUGCCUGCGUUAAACGUCGCAGUGGAGUGUGUAUUCUUAUGUUACUCAUAUUAAAGUUCCCUUUUGUUAUUCGUGAAUUUUUUCCUAAACAUUCAGGAACAGGUACUUAUUGUCGAGCUAUUGAGCAAGCUGGAUUUCAUCUCAUUCUAUUGUCUCCAUUAGGUCUUGCUGGUAUUGGAUCAGCUAUUCGUGGCUUAGCCAUAAGUGAUGCACUCUUAACACGAACUGGAAAUUGGGGAGCUGUUUUUCUCGCGGUAUGGAGUACAUUUUCUCCACAGUAUGAAGUUGAGAAACUAGAUAAGCGAGUUCAAUCAUUUGAUCAAGUGGAAUCUCCUUCAUUACCUUCUUUCCCAGCUCAAAUGCGGAUGUCUCAACAUUACCAUAUAGAAGGAGAUUAUAUACUACUACAGGAACGAACUCCUAUUAUACCAUUAUUAGUUGCUAAUGUAGUUCUCUUAUUUUGGACUUGGACAGCUGUGAUUCUUGGUGUACAUGAUGCAAUUCGAAAGCAUUAUGAUAUUAGUGAUGAAACAAAACUAAAAAAAGAUAAAAGUCGUUUUAGAGAUGUCAAAAAGAUGGAACUUCUUAAUGAAGCACAUCGUGCCAAAAAUAUGACGGCAUUGGGUAAACAAUUAGAUGGUCUCUUGUGGGAAGCAGAUGUCCGUGCGGCGAAGGAAGCCAUUGAUGCAUCUCAUUAUGAUCAUAAAGCCGAUAACACCGUUCAUCGAUUUGUGCGACGAGUGCAGGAUAGUGUUAUUGCUGGUGGAAUGGAUCUUGGAAAUUUAAAUAGAACGGGAGCAUCAAUGCUUGCUGUGCCUAUUACCGCUGACUGGGGAAAGUGGGAUUGUCGUAAUGAACACCCAGAAUCACGAUUUAAGUAUGAUAUUGGUAUUAUUGAAGCAGCACUAGGGAUGCGUGACCGUCGAACAUUUACUGAAAAACUUUUACGGCGACAAUGGAUAGGACAUGUGGGUAAGAAAGAAACUACAGUAUUUGUUGUAGCGGUUGUUCUUAUGGCCGUUAUUGAACCAAACAAUUAUUGGAUGGAGAUGGCAUUUAGUAUUGUUUUUGCAAUAGAACUCAUAUUUUCUUUCGCAUUUCUCCGCAUAGAAUUUAUAUGUAGUCACUAUAUUCGGCUUAUUAUUCGUCUUUUCUGUGUGAUGGUAGGGUUUAUUCCACCUGCGAUACCAUUUGUUGUUUUUCGUUGUCUUCGUGUCUGUGAGGGAUGGUCCAAUGUAUUUCAGGUAUCUGGUAUGACACGUUAUGGAGUUGCCUAUAUAUUAUUAUCUUUUCUAACUAUGUGGAUGAUUUGCUUUGUUGCCAUGUGGCAAUUUGAUGUGGAGACAAAAGGGAAAAGUAUUUGUCAUAGCGAAGUAAGCUGUUUUCUUAAAAGUGCACGGGAAAUGUUAUUGCCUGCAUGGACUUCUACACAUAUUAAUGUGACUAAUGAAGCCCCAGUAGCUUGUGUUAUUAUUAUUAUCUUUCAAUUAGUAUUUGUUCCAUUUGCCGUUACUAUUGCACUACAUCCGUUAUUACAGUUAUCAAGUUUUAUUGGACGAUUUAUUCGACUAGUCGUACAAAGUUUACAUCACGAUGUUGUUGAAUAUAUUAAUAGUUACGUUGAAGGUCCUCUAUGGUUUUCGCACUGGCGACUACAUUGUGAACUUCCUGCUGCGAUUAUCACAAGAUUGCGUAUGUGGGUGUAUGAUGUGAGACGUAAAUCUAGAGAAUACCGAAGAAGUACAGUAUUUCCAUUAUGGUCAUCGGUUUUUAUAUCUAGUGCUAGCUAUAUUAGUCCUAUAGCAUGUGGUUGUAAAGGUGAGAAGGAUAAAUAUAUUGAGGAAAGUAUAGUUUCAAGGUCUCAAUUUGCAUCUUUUGAAGAAAAUGAGCUCUACCAUAAUCCAUCUGUAGCAAAACACGUAAAUUUACUUCGAUUAAGACGGGCUCUUCGUAAACCUAUUCUACACUAUAUUAAUUCGAUUUUGACUAUCAUAUCAGUAAUAUUUCUAUGGGUUGUAGAUGCUUCUUCUUCGUUAAAAGAUCCUAUAGCGGUAAUUACUAUUGUUUUCCAUACAAUGAGUAUGAUUUCCUCACUUAUACUCAUUCCAAGGGAUGCUUCCGCUGUUCUUACAUUAGUGAGUGUGAUUGCUUUAGCAAGUUCACUGGGAUUACAAUACAGUCAUCAUAAGAAUUAUCAUGCUUUUUUUUGUAUUAGAUUUCUCUCACUUAUUCGAUUGGGUCAGAUUUAUAUGCCAUUUUUAUUUAGGAUACAUCGUUUUACACGUAUGCGAAGUGUUUUUUUUAAAUCCGCAGCUAGUGUAUUUUUUCCUGUAAUAGUCACAGGUGUUACUCUGUGUAUUGUAGAAUUACUUCGAUCGCAAAUAUAUUUAGUUCAUAAUUAUAAUCCUUUAAAAAACAAUGAGACAACUGGGGAGAUGUGGUCUCUACCAAGACGUUUGGCUUCUCAACCUCGACGAAAUAAAUGGUAUCCAAAUGGAAAUGAUACUCGAGAUUUAUUUGUUUACUACUUUAGUGAAGAUAUGGGAAUCUUUUUUUCUUUAUUUAAUCUAUGGACACUUCCUGCAUGUUGUGUGGCAACAGUGUUAACAUAUUUACGAUGGGUUAACACUAAUCUCCUUGAUUCUCAGUGCCUCGUAAUUAAUGCCAUUCAAUUAUUAGAAGAUCCUCUUACAUUAGCACGAUUUAAGACGUAUCGUUUUUACUUUCGUUGGAUAGGACAUGUUUUUCUAAUAUUUAGUUUGCUAUUUGGUAUUACUAUGAGCCCUACAACAGAUGCCACUUCAGAUGAUCAUAAAAUUUUUUUUACAAUAGAAACCUUCUUUACAUUUGUGGGAUUUAUUGAUAGUUUUUUCCGUCUUGUAUUUGCUGUACAUCGUUGCAGUAGUUCAUGGGCUGCCUGGAACUGUAUGCCGCAAGGUCUGUUGGAGAAGAGCGUUUUGGUGGGAAACACUAUGCUUCUUUUUGCAGAACUAGUUCAAUUAUUAUAUUGGUCAUGUGCAUUACCGUUAGCCUUGACGCUGUUGGUGGAACGGAAUUCAUGUCUUAUUGAUCCAAAUUCAUAUGCCUUAUAUUUCAUAACUUUACGCUUUAUACUAUUGCUUCGAAUGCUUCCUCGACAGUAUGUACUUUCAGUUGCAUUAAGAGGGGAAGUACUUCUCUUUGCUGGAGGUUGUGUUAUAGUAUAUUUUGUUGGUGCUGCGAGUGCACUUGCUGAUACAUAUGUGGGUAAUACAGGAGUUCCUAUGUCUAUACACUUGUGGGCAUAUGCACUUGGUGAUCUUUGUAGACAAACCUUUACAUCAGACGGACCUGUUCUCAUAAACACGUUGUGGACACCUCCAAAUUACACUCAAAUUGUGCAGGAUAUGUUAGAAUCGAAUGAAAGUAUUCGUAUAGUAACAAGGGAUUACACAUCUUCAUCGUUUCUUCUACUGCUUGCUAUUAUUGGGAAAGUAGUACUUGCCUCAGUACUUGGUCUUACGAUUGGGGCUUUCUUUGUUCCUCUGCGUUUUCUUAUUUUUGGCUCAAUGCCAAAACAAGCUUCAUUUCUCUACGAGACACUACGUGGGGGAACAGAAGCCAUUAUUGAUGUUGGUGCUCGUUUGCACGAUGACAUGCGCCCUGAGGAUCGCAAAAAAAUUCAACAGCGAAAGUUCGCACGUGUAUUUCGUACCCGUGGUAUUCCCAUGUGGCUCUUGCCUCAUCUUCUUGAGGAGCUUUGUCUCUUCAAACCUGGUCAGCAGCGUCGAUUGAUGUUUAUACUUGAACAACUCUUUGUGUUCCUCCCAAUAGCAGAAAAACGGGCACGCUGUGUCGCAGAGUACACAGAUGAGUGGGAUGUAUACAGUAUUGGAGGUCCUGGUCGUAUUUCCUUCACAGCAUUACCAGUCUACCCAGAAGAGACGCAUGCGGGUGAUCAUGAGAGGAAUACAGUUUCUUCUACUUCACGAUAUAUCCCGCCGCUGCGACUGGUGCAAGUACUCGCCCUUUUGGAGUCUGAAUUCCCACCACACUCCUCCGUGGGAUCUAAAAUUUGGCUUGAGUUUUUUAAAGUAGCGCAACGCAUUCGUGGGGCGACACUCAUGCAAUCUCUCUGGCGGAUGUACUCUGCAGUGAAGGCAUUUGAGAAGGACAACGAACGUAGUAUGACGGACAUCAUAAUGGCACGCACAUUACGACGCGCAUUUCGCCGGAAUCGAAUACUUGCCCGGGUGAGUUUUCUUCGCCACACAACAUUCGAAGAGGCGGUGCGGUUCCAACCAAACAUCUUCAAUCCCGGCACCUGUCACUAUGAUGUACUCAACCGACUCCGAAAUCAUUUCGCGGAACUACAGCCCACAGAAAACAUUUGUCUGCACAAGACAGCUAGACUCUCUUCUCUUCUCUCGAAAGAAACGUCAACAACGACAGCAAGAAGAAGAGUAACAGAAGCUUUUACAGAAAAUGAGGAGAGACCAUGUACCAAACGCAGAAAUCCCUUGGAACAAUCACCAAGGAAUUUGCAUGACCCCUCGAACUACAUAAUAACAACAUCCUCCAAUGACGAGAGCAAUGAUGACUAUGGAGUGAAUAGCAUUGAGAUGAUGCUACACACCAACCCAAGAUUAUUUUCUGACAAAAAUGAAUAUAACUAG